UCAUUUUUGUUUGUUAUCAACAAACAGUUUAAUUUUGCUUAGUUUUCAAUAAUCUUAUCAUUUUUCUUGUAAGUAGUUUCUUAUCGUUUGUACAGCAAGACAAGUGCAAUAAAUCAAUAAACGUGCCGUAUUUAAGUCGCUCAUAAAACCGAUUUCUAUUAACAAAGACCAGCUUAGAAAGUCUUAACUAGUCCUACAACCCUUUCGAAAAUGUGAUAAGAGUAUUUAAAGAACUUCUAGGACCUAGACAGUACACUUGGGCCUGAAAAAGAAAUCUUGCCAUGAUAUAAAAGAGUCUGUAUGCCAGAAUACAGGAGAAUAAACAUGGGAGGUUAUGUGCCCCUCUCUCAGCUGGGUGCCAUUCUUAUUAGGAUGAUUUUAAAAGUGUGGGCAUACUCUGGUUUAGUUCUUGUGUUCUGUUUUUUACUGUAUUACAUGUAUGGUGGAAUAUUUGCAAUAUCAUUGCUCAUGUUCGCGGUCACAGGUAUUUUAUACCAAGUUCAAGAUAAUCUUUUAUACUCUCCAGAGCUGCCGAGCCAUUCGAGGGUUUACAUACCCAUACCCUCGAUGUUCGGCCUCCCUUUCGAGAGUAUAAACCACAAAUGCCCCGACGGGGUGACAAUACACAUGUACUUUAUACACCAGCCUAAAGAGAGGCAAAAGCUUGCGCCCACCUUUGUGUUCUUUCAUGGGAACGCUGGCAAUAUGGGGCAUAGGCUUCCAAAUUGCGCAGGUCUUUAUCACAACUUACAUUGUAAUAUAUUGUUAGUAGAAUAUAGGGGAUAUGGCCUUUCAGAGGGGAGCCCCUCGGAGGAAGGGUUGUACAUCGAUGCCAAAGCUAGUUUAGAUUAUUUAUUUACCAGAAACGAUAUUAACCAUUCGGAAAUUGUUGUUUUUGGACGAUCUCUGGGUGGUGCAGUAGCGAUAGACCUUUCGAUACGCGAAAGUCAUAGCAAUAGGAUUUGGUGUGUGAUAGUGGAGAAUACUUUUACCAGCAUUCCAGAUAUGGCCAGGGUGCUGUUGGGCUGGAAAAUACUGAAGUUUUUACCAAUUGUAUUUUAUAAGAACAAAUUUUUGUCGAGUCAGAAAGUGAAGCAGCUUCGGACCCCAACUCUGUUUAUUUCUGGCCUAUCGGAUACUUUAGUGCCUCCGAAGAUGAUGCAGGAGUUAUAUGAGAGGAGCAACAGCAUACGAAAACAGCUGUUCCAACUACCGGCGGGUACGCACAACGAGACUUGGCAGCUACCGGGGUACUACCACGCGAUCGCCCUUUUCCUGCAAAACUACCGGAUCUACGCCCUAAUGGGACAAGCGAGUGUUGACGUUGACGCCAAAUCUGACAGCAGCAGCGGCAGUUUGUGGAGCGGCGUCCAAGACAUUUGAUCUCUUGCCCACAACUUGGCUGUCGGACAGUUUACGCAGCGACGGAACGCACAUUACGAAGAUUCUUAGCCACUGGCAAUUCAUUUCAAUCUCUUGGCUUCAGUUAUAAAAUGGGAUUUAGCACAGUUCGUGAAAUUAUCAAAGAAGUAGCAAAGGCCAUAAAGGAACUUCUAGCAUCAGAAUUUUUACCAAUACCCACAGAGCAACGAUGGGAAGAAAUAAGUGCAAGAUAUCAGUCUAUGUGGAACUUUCCUAACUGUAUAGGCGCUUUAGACGGAAAGCAUAUAAAUAUUCGCUGUCCUAUUAAUGGCGGAUCAAAUUAUUAUAACUACAAAGGUUGUAACUCAAUUGUUCUGCUGGCGCUGGUGGAUGCUAAUUACCGAUUCAUAGCGAUUGAUGUGGGCUCAUAUGGUCGCAACAGCGAUGGAGGAAUUUUUGCCAAGUCUUCUCUGGGAAUUUCGUUAGCUAAUAAUACACUGAAUCUUCCAGCUGAUAAGCCGCUUACACAAAACGGUGAAGCUUUACCUCAUGUUAUUGUGGGAGACGAAGCUUUCCCACUAAAAUCCUAUUUAUUACGCCCCUAUAGCCGGCAUUAUGUAGCAGAAAAUGAGCCAAAUAAAAUGUUUAACUAUAGGCUUUCGCGGGCUAGGAGAGUAGUGGAAAAUAGUUUUGGAAUUCUUGCAGCACGAUGGCGAAUUUUUCUUAAGCACAUGGAAAUACAACCAGAUUUUGUUGAUGACAUAGUAUAUGCCGCAAUUUGUCUUCAUAAUAUGUUAUGCUGCAAUAAUGAUUUUGAGCCAGAAGAAAUAUAUCGUAACACCCUCGAAUCGUGUUUUACAUUAGUGCCACCCUUGGGUCAAAAUUCUACUCAAGAUGCUUUUCGCGUUCGGGACAAAUUUAGAGAUUAUUUUCUAUCAGAUAUUGGUAGUGUACCAUGGCAAUUAGAAACUGUACGACGUGGACGUAACGUAAUAAUAAAUUUUAAAAAAUACAGUACCUAUGUAACUAUGUAUGUAUAUAAAAAUAAAUAAAAUAAAUUAAAAUAAGCUUA